AGGUCUCCACAUCUCUUGCCGGAUCCCAAUGCAGUGUGUGGCUGUUGCCUGAAGCGGUCACUGCCUCUCUGCUUUCCCUCUAGAAGUUAGAAAAGCAGUAUUUCAGAGCACUUUUCUGCUGGAUCUCGGCAUUUUGCUUAACCUGCAGCGCUGCCUCGGGAUCUCACAGAGCAGAGAAACUUUGCUGGAGCUCAGAGAACAGCCAGCCGAGGGGAGGACUUUGCUGGAAACCUCUUUGGGAAGCUGGAGACCUCCUUGGGAUGCCUGCCGUGGACUUGUUCUCCUCCAGCAGCUAUUCAGACCUUCCUGGGCGAAAGCAGCUCCCUGCCAUGAAGCAUCUGCAUUGAGGCAGGUCUGUGUGGAGGGCCAGGUGCGCUCCGAGGGCCGCAGAAGCAGCGAUGCCGUAAGGAGCAGCCUGCGAGCGCCGCUGGCUCUGCCCCAGCCCCGCGGCAGCCUGCGCUCGCCGUGCCCCGCCGCACGGGUUGGCUGUCACAGAAACCUCCGAGGUCCCCUGCUCAGCCCCGGUAGUGUCAUGAGUUAGAUUAGUUGGAGCUGUGCUGGGGGCGGUGAGGGCUUGGAUUACAGUCCAGAACUCAAAGUGCUUUGGUGGUUCACGUCGGAGGGGAGAGGAGACGCCCCGGCGCACACAUGGAGGAGAGAGAGAAAAACCGCUGCCUUUGGAAGUGAGGGGGAGGAAAGGAGGCCGGGAACAUGGACUCGGAGUCGCUGGACGGCUGCAUUCAGAGUACCUUAUCAGCACUCUACCCUCCGUUUGAGGCUACCGCAGCCACCGUUCUGUGCCAAGUUUUUGAUGUGGUGGAGAAGACGUACCGUGGGGAUGGACUGCGCUACCUCAUAGACUUCCUGGUUCCAGCCAAGCACAUCCUGCAGUGCAUUCAGCAGGAUGCCUGUGCUCAGUACUGUGGCUUGCUGUUCCGCCACGAGGGCUGGCCCCUGUGUAUCCACGAGAGGAUUGUAAUCCAGCUGGCUUCCAUUGACUGGCGAACCUUGCAGCCUGGUGACUUCUACCUGCAGGUGGUCCCCUAUCUGAAGAAGUCUCCACGAAUUGUAUUGAAAUGUUUGGCAAAAGACAAGCAUAAUGUAGAGGAAGUUGUGAUUCCAGAAGUUUCCUAUACCUCUAUUUUCACUCUGGAAUGGUUGAGUGCUUUCAAUGGAGAGCGGAUGGGUAUAGCACUGGAAAAUUGUUUACUAACCACUGAUGAUAAAAUAUUUCGUGUCCCCUGGGAUAAAGUGGUUAAUCCUGAAUUUAUAAACAAACCAAAAAGAGUUGAAAACAACAGAAUCUCUCCAGAAGUAAAGGAGGAAGGUUCAGUUGUGUGCCUCCCCAUGGACCAUGCUGAGUGCGCUUCACCAGACUCAAGAUCUCGGUAUCUACAGGAAAGUUCAAAUGGAGACAACCUGGUCACUAGCAGCACGUCCCCGCAGAUAAGUGAAGCUCUUGUCAAUGGUGUCUGUCCAAGUCCUGUGCCUCAAGAGGACCUGAGAAGUGACCUUGAAGGGGAGUACGUUGAGCUGAGAGAACUUUCACUGCCCAGAUUUGGGCCACAGACAGGCUCUUUAACCCAAGCACUAGCUUUAAAUUAUCUAACUCAGCCCAGAACACGAGUGAAUGUGCCUAAAGGGAAGCACAGGUUUAUUGUCAUUCAAGAUAGUACCUACUCCAAGAACCUAAUUCACUCAGCACUGCUGCAGAAGGAGCACUGUCCAAUGGAUGCUCUCAAGACUUCUCCAGAAGAUCUCAAAAAUGUAAUUCCAUUGGAAAGCAACAAAAUGACAGCACGUGGAGAACUGUCUCCAGAAGGUCAGCUGACAUCAAGUAGUGCUGGAAACGUGGGGAAUAGCUGUCCUGUGGCUGAGCCUCCUGCCUGCAGUGCAGAAGAUUCAUCUGCAGAGCAGGAGACAUGCAGUGAACACUCGAUUGAUUGUCAGUGUGCACUGUGCAGCUGCAGUGACGUGUGUGCUGGAGACAGUGUCAGCUGCAAAGCAGAGGUGUCCGGUGCUCCAGGAGCCAUGGAAGGAGAAGGCGAUGGUCCUAGCAGAAAUCCUGCUGUUGAAACAUUGCAGCAGAGCCCAGAAACGAUCCUAGAUGCUACUGCUACUGAAGAGGAGGUGAUACUGAGAGUACAUGGAGAACCACUGACCGAGGGCCAAAAUGAAGUGAUGCAGACAGAUGCCUCUCCUGCAUCUGUCCCAGGGCCUUCGGGACCAUGUUGCACACUGAAGGAAGGUUCUAAUGUUCUUUGCCAGAGAGUCAGUGAAAGUAUUGUGCCAGUUGAGGCCACUACAUUUCUUAUCACACCUGAGAGUUCAGAUGGAGGUGUGGAGAGAGGGUCUCCUGCAGGGAACACGGCAGAUGCAACAGCAGCUGGUGCUUGCUGCAGAGAUUGGGAAGCAAAUCUUAGUUCUCCAUUAAGUCCUCCAGAACAGAACCAAGAAGUAGACGAUUUUGAAGCAGGAAGAAGAGACAGCCCAGAGAAAGACAAAGAUAUUGAUCAAGUACUGACUGUAAAUGAGAAUCAGACUAGUCAUGGUCACUGUUCUGCUGAAGCUCCUACAGAUGGUGAAGAGCAGGAAAUCUCUGCCAGUCAGCAUAAGAAGGCUGCAGACCAAACUGCUCUGUCAGCAGAAGGUGAUCACACAGCAGAACAAUUAAAUGACAGGGACUCUUUGGGCCCUGGUGCACAAGCAGAAUACUCAAGUCAAUUCAGAACCCAGAGGUCUGGAGAGAAGUGUGAGGAACCUCAAAGAUGGGCCGAAAACCAAGGCUGUAAAUGUGAAGAGAGCUCCGUGCUGAACUCUGAGCAUGUUGCAGUACAGGACUUGCAGGGGAGAGAGGAGAACCAGGGAAGGUUUUCUUAUGGGGAAAAGUCAAAGAUGAUAGCCUUAAACACACUGGAAUCCAUUGAAGAAGAACUGGAGGUUGGACAGCUGUCCUCAGGAGAUGCUGAGGGGCACGUGGAGCCCACCACUCUGCACUCCCAGCAAGAGGCAGCUUCUGGGCCAUCAUCUCCUAAAGGGAUGCUGUCAGAAGAGGCAGAGACAAGAAAAGAAGCAGCUGGUACAGAUGUGUUGAAACCAGAGAGUAAAGUUGGUGCCCUGGAGGAAACCUCAACAGCUACGACUCCACCAACACCCCCAGCUUCUAGGCCUGCCUGGGGUGGUCGAUCUGCACCUACCAUAGUCAAGGAUGUGCACCCAGAAGUGCUCAGGAGUGGAGUUGCUUGCCUGCCUGGUACCAGAGAUAAAUCAGGACGUGCUGUGGCCAUAAUAACAACAAGGAACACAGCCUGGUUAAACCCCCACUGCAACACCACUGAGCUUGUGCGCCUGCUUCUGUACUUGCAUAGCAUCCCAAGACCAGAAUGUCAGGCUUUGGGUCUGACCGUUCUUGUGGAUGCUCGUCGCUGUUCACCGGUUCCUGCUCUCUUCAAGGCGUUCAGCACGUUGCAGGACAUAGAUCCUCAGUGUAUUCAUGGAGUGCUGCUGCUGGUUGAAAGAGAUCUGACUUUUCGGAUGGAAAAGCCCCCGGCAGGACAGCAGUUUGAACUUCUCACUUCCAUGAAGUCCCUCCAUAAGCACAUAGACAGCUCACAGCUGCCUCUGGAACUGGAUGGGACCUUCCCUUACUGCCACCGGGACUGGUUAAGCUUCCGCAUGAAGCUGGAACAUUUGCUACAACGAUGCCAGGGUGCUUGUGCCUUUCUCCAGGGAGCUAUUGAUAAAGUGGAACAUGGAAAGUUACCAGAAAGAGCUGAGGAGGCAGCUGUGUUGCUGAGGAACUACAGGCAGUUGAUGAAGAAUGUUCUUGAAGAUGCACGGCUUGUCAGGCUGCAGCUGGAGGGGGGAGCCCUCCUGGCCAGGCUGAGGAAGGAGGAGUCCUGUGUCACCCUCACACUUGACUACAGAGACGCGCUGGACGCCGCCGGCCGGCUCUACAACCGAGUGGAUGAGGACGUUCACCGGCUGGUGAUGCUGUCCAACAGGCGCAUCCAGGAGCUGGAGCUGCUGAUGGACUUCGACAAAGUGGAAGAAUGUUUCAAGGAGGUCAGCAGUUGGAUCGAGAAUGUUGGCAGAAAACGACUGAAGGAAACAAUCAACCUGGAUGAUUCUUUGGAGAUGCUGCUUCAAGCACAAAAGCAGUUCAGGGAGUUUGAUCUUGUUGCCAGUGAAUAUUGCAGAAGGGGGCAGGAGGCACUGAAGAAGAUGGAUCGAUGGGAAGACUUUUCCUCUGUGGAUGUGCAUUGUUACAGGGUGAAGCUGCAGACCUACAAAGAUCAACUGGAGGAGUUCUGCACUCAGCUGGAUGAAAACAGGCACCGAAUCUGUGAGACAGUCAGGCUCUAUGAAUUCUUUGACAAGGCUUACGAGUGGGCCUUGGAAGGGAUGCGCCACCUUGCCUGCAUCAGCAUGGAGGAGUGCAGCUCUGCUGAGCACUGCAGCGGGGUCAUCAAGUGCCUGGAGAGCUACAGGGGGCAGCACCCGGACAUCAGCGGUGCCCGCUUCCAGGAGAUGAAGGAGCUGGCCUGUGAGCUGAAGAGCGAGAAGGGACUCAAGCAGUGGAAAUUUGCAUGGUCUAAAUGCCAGGAAACCAAACUGGUUUUUGAAAAGAAACUUGAAGCUGCCUUGAGGACGAGGAGGUGUCUGCUGGCAGACUGCAAAGCGCCCGCGGGGGAGCAGCCGCGGGCCGGCAGCGAGGCCGGCAGCCUCCCCCCACGGCGGCACUCCGAGGGGGCUGCCCCCGGCUCGCCCUGGGACAGGACUCCCAGCACGUCCCACUGCUGCAGCAGGCCCAGCUGCUCGCCGGGGUGGGCUAAGGAGAAAGCUCCCUCACCCCCCCGGAGCUGCCCAGGCGAUGUCAGUGCUGGGGAAGAGCUUGCCUGCCAAGCCGCUCUCGGCCCUCACUCCGGCAGAGCCGCUUUUGCCAGCGGGGCCUGCAAGUCUCCCAGGCUGCCUGAAGAAAAGCCAAACCUGGAGAGCGUGUUGGGAACCCUGGAGGUGAAGCCAUCCUGCACGUCCACCCCGGCCCCUGCGAAACCACCUCCCAAGAGGAUGCUGAGGAAGGCCCAGAGCUUCGACCUGCCGUGCGGUGAGAGCCUGUGGUCGGGCUGCCAGCGGGCGCUGAGCGAGCCGGCGCGCUACGGCAACACCGGCGUCUUCAUCAAGGGGCUGGAGGUGAGCAGCACCGAGCUGCUGGACCGGCCCCCGGCGCUGCGCCAGCACGGCCGCGCUGCUGACUGCCUGCUGGAGCCACACAGGGGCUGCCUCUCCGGGCCUGAAGCCAGGAGCUGGGGCAGCAAGCUGCGGCACAUCAUCGACGAGAUGGUGAGCACGGAGCGGGAGUACGUGAGGUCGCUGUGCUACAUCAUCGACAGCUACUUCCCUGAGAUGGAGCGGCCAGACCUGCCCCAGGACCUGCGGGGCAAGCGCAGCGUCAUCUUCGGCAACCUGGAGAAGCUCUACGACUUCCACAGGCAGUACUUCCUGCGGGAGCUGGAGAGCUGCUGCAACCACCCCCUGCGAGUCAGCCACUGCUUCCUGCGCCACAAGGACCAGUUUGGGAUGUAUGCACUGUACAGCAAGAACAAGCCCAAGUCAGACUCGCUGCUGGCCAGCCAUGGGAACACCUUCUUCAAGUUCAAGCAGGUGCAGCUUGGGGAUAAGAUGGACCUGGCCUCCUACCUGCUGAAACCCAUCCAGCGGAUGAGCAAAUACGCCCUGCUCCUCAAGGACUUGAUCAAGGAGUGCAGCGAGGCCCAGGAGCAGGAGCUGGGCUACCUGCGUGCGGCUGAGGAGAUGGUGAAGUUCCAGCUGCGCCACGGGAACGACCUGCUGGCCAUGGACGCCAUCCGCGACUGCGACGUGAACCUGAAGGAGCAGGGGCAGCUGGUGAGGCAGGACGAGUUCACCAUCUGGCUGGGCCGCAGGAAGUGCCAGCGCCACGUCUUCCUCUUUGAGGACCUGAUCCUGUUCAGCAAGCCCAAGAGGAUCGAGGGGGGCUUUGACGUGUACAUCUACAAGCGUUCCUUCAAGACCGCAGACAUCGGCCUGACCGAGAACUCUGGCGACAGUGGCCUGCGCUUCGAGAUCUGGUUCCGGCGGCGCAAGUCCAGCGACACGUACAUCCUGCAGGCCAGCUCAGCUGACACCAAGCAGGCCUGGACCAGCGACAUUGCCAAGCUGCUGUGGCAGCAGGCAGCCCGCAACAAAGGUGUGAUUCCCUCCCUGGGCACAGAAGAGAUCCGUAUGCAGGAGAUGGUCUCCAUGGGUGUGGGCAACAAGCCCUUCCUGGACAUCAAACCCAGCGAGGCGGCCAUCAACGACCGCGCUAUCGAUUACAUCAUGAAGGGCAGAGGUGCCAGGACCAGGGCGUCCAUCGCCGUGUCGCUGUUUGACCAUUCCAACCCUUACAAGAGGACUCAGGCUCAGCUCUCCGCUGCUGCCCCCGCUGCUGCCUACAGCCCUUCCUCCUCCUCCUCCCUCCUGGGACCCCUCAACCUCCACAUGUACCUGGACCAGGCUCUGCUGCCGGGCGUCCUGACCCCCAGCCGCCCCUUCGACAUCGGCACCUGCAUCGAGGAAGACGAGCUGGAGCACGAGACGAGCAGCCAGCCCUCCCUCACCACAGAGAGCUCGGAGUCAUCCCACUGCAUGUCAGGCAGCGGCUCCAGCGGCUCCGACAGCGGCUGCGUGUCCAGCGUCCCGCAGGAGAGCUUCUGUGAAGACAUGGGCUCUGCCCCCUGCAUGCCCCUGGCCCCACAGCACUGCCCUGCUGGGAGGGAGAAGCCCAGGUUCCCAAACAGCCAGUACAUCUCAGCAAAGGCAGGCCAGGUCACCAUAAGUCCCUCGACAAUAGUGUGAGCCCCUCGCACGGCCUAAGGAGAUGGAGUUGUUGUUUGAUGCCCAUUUCAGACUCCCUGGAGCCCCCAGGCUUCUGAGCAGCAGGAGGACACGAUCUUCAAGCAGGAAGAAUCCUUUAUUUGCUACCUUUUCAGGGUGUUUGAAGCAGCCCCAAGGCCACUCUGUGCCUGGGGCAGGGCUCUGCCCCCUCCAGGGCUGCUGCUGCCUGGGAGCUGGGCUGUUCCUUGUGUUUGUGAGUCAUUAAUUAACACAGCAGGGUGGGGAGGGGGAAAAGGGUUGUUUUCAAAGCUCUGAGCUGUACAGCUUUUUGUUACCAGUGCCUCUGUCCCUGUUUGCUCUUUAAGCUGCACAUUUGAUAGAGGUUGUGGAAGGGCACAACCCCGAGGUAUUUAAAGAGAAGGGUUGGACUGCCCCGGAGCUCCAGGUGCAGUUUGCUCCCUCCCGAGCACGGCUGCCGUAGCAGUAAUUUAUUUUCCUGGCUUAACGCUUCAGUUUGAAUAAAGCAACGUCCUUGGUCCAGUGAGUUGGUUCUUCACAGGGGCCCUGCAGAGCUCAGCUUGGCUCAGCUCCUCCGCCUUCCUCCACUCACCCCGGGCAGCGGGGCGGGGGGAACGAGCCCUGGGAGGAGCUUUGGGGGCGGGGGGCGGCUGAGAGCCGGCCCUGCGGGGGUGGAGAGCAGCCAGGCUCGGUUUAUACAGCCACGUCCAGCCUGAGGAAGAGGAGGGAGCAGGAGCUGUGGUCUCCUCCCCAAGCCACUGCCCCUUGAUGUGCAGCCCAGGGGCCAUCCUGCACCCCACAGCAAACACUUGUUUAUUGGUAAGGAGCUGGGUGGGUUUUAAACCUCGUUCUCUUUCUCCCAGACAGCACAGAGAGCCCAGUUUGCCACCUUUGUCCCCAAGUGUGUGGGAAGCAGUUGCCCAGGGAAGAUGGGGGAGGUCAGGGCAAGGUUGUGGGGCUGUGAGGCCAGCACUAGCUCAGGGCACAAGGAGGGGAGAAUAUACUGAUGCAACAAGAGGAACAUGAAACUGGCUGAGUUUCUCAGUCUCAAAGGUUUCUGCAUUGCUGGAACAACCUUCAGUACUGUUUACCUGGCACACUUGUUGCAGGGUUGGAUUGGUUUGUCUAAUAAAGGUUAUUUUCUUUGUA